AUGAUGGAAGCUGGCUUGUCCGUAGACCCUUUACACGAGAGGAGCCAUCUUAACUUCAGCCAUGUCAAGAUCAACGCUUCUUUGCUAGACUUUUCACACAAUACAAAUAGCACCACUCUGAAUGCUCACAACCAUUUCCACAACGCGCUGCUCGGGGUCAUUCUGGGACUCCUAUCUCUCCUCACCAUUAUAAUGAAUCUUCUGGUUUUAUAUGCUGUGAAGAGAGAGAAAAGCUUACACACAGUUGGAAACCUUUACAUCGUGAGUCUUUCGGUGGCAGAUUUGAUAGUUGGCACCACUGUCAUGCCACUAAACCUUGUGUACUUGCUGGAAGAUGAGUGGAAACUGGGUCGCGCGGUCUGCCAGUUUUGGUUAAUCAUGGACUACGUCGCCAGCACUGCGUCGAUCUUCAGCUUGUUUAUUUUGUGUUUGGAUCGGUACCGCUCCGUGAGACAACCGCUGAAGUAUUUAAAGUAUCGAACAAGAGGAAAAGCUAGUUUGAUGAUAUCCGGAGCGUGGUUGCUGUCAAUGAUGUGGAUAGUUCCCAUUUUAGGUUGGCGAAGUUUCACUCACGUCGAUUUGAAACCAGAAGAAGAGAACAAAUGUGAUACCGAUUUCCGAUUCGUGACGUGGUUCAAAGUCAUCACCGCCAUUUUUAACUUCUACGUUCCUUCGAUAUUGAUGUUGUGGUUUUACACACAUAUUUACCGAGCGGUGAGGCAACAUUUAAGAGACAGAGAGAGGAUCAUCCAUCCUACAGAUUCUUUUGGCGAGAACGAACCCAAUGACCCGACGCCAGAACCUCCGAAAUCACCAAAAAAGGAGAAAGAAGUCUUCAAAAAAUGCUCAAAAACUCAACGCUUGCUCGACCAAAACACCAUAGACCAGACCUAUUCCCUGGAGGAGAUGGAUCGGGCUAAAGUGGCACCAUCCAGGAAAAGCUUAGCGAGAGGCCAACAUAAAUGUUUACUUGCAAUGACAAAGCAAAGACUGCCUCAAAAAGUCAAUAAAGGCCCUCUAGCUACUUGCAAGGAACAGCAAAAAGAUUCAGAGCCUGCAUAUAGUAAGCCCACAGUGGCAAAAGACAUAAUCUGUUCUGUUGAAACCAACGAAAAUAAAGUGCAAGCAACUGUGAAUCAAUGUCAAGUCUCUGUACCUAAGUCUGUAAGUGGAAAUAGGAUAUCGGACAUGCAAGGGUACAAGCCUGCAAUUUGCAACAACUGUGAAGUCAAUCAUUCUAGUACCCCUUGGACGGAUGAAGGCAUUGAACGGGAAAAAUUGGACCCAGAAAAUGAGGUGACGUUAAAACAGACUUGGCAAAAGUUUAUUGACAGUUCUCGACAGAGGAUUCAAAGUUUGAGGAUUCAUAAGGAGCACAAAGCAGCGAAACAGUUAGGGUUUAUCAUAGCGACUUUCCUCUUGUGUUGGAUACCGUAUUUUAUUGCGUUCAUGGUCAUGGCGUUUUGCAAAGUGUGUGUGCAUCAUGAUUUGCACAUGUUCACUAUAUGGUUAGGUUACAUGAAUUCAACACUGAAUCCGUUCAUAUAUCCACUGUGUAAUGGGAAUUUUAAGAGGGUUUUUAAAAAUAUUUUGAACAUUCACUAG